GUUUUGGAUUCUUUAUUUUUGUGUUUUGAUAAAAGCGCUGAGCAGUUUGGGUGUACGAAGAUCGAGACUGUCUUCGAGACUUACCUCGCAGCUGCGGGGCUGCAACCCGGCAAAGGCGGCGAAUCCGACACUUCACAGGCAGACGCUGCGGACGCAAUGGACAUGGCGUUGGCAAUGCUGGAGGUGGCUGCACAAAUUCGUUACGAAGUAACCCGCGAGAUUUCGUCUUCAGCUGUGGGGGCUCUAAAUGAUGAAGAGGCCGCUGGAGCAGCAGGACCUUCAGCUGCUGCUACUCCUGCUGCUCCAGCUGCUGCUGCUGCUGCUGCUCGAAUGGGCAGCAGCAGCGGAAUGACGCGCCAAAAGACAGCGACUUUGAGGACUGUCCUCAGCUCCAGGCCUCAGCGCAUUCGCGUUAAAAUUGGAAUCAAUUCGGGACGCGUCAUCAGCGGAGUUGUUGGGGCGAAGAAGCCUCAGUAUGCGCUCUUCGGAGACACCGUAAACACUGCAAGCCGCAUGAAGACAACCGGACAGCCUGAUUACAUUCAUAUAAGCGAGAGCACUUACGAUUUAGUUAAAGAAGACACAACUCUUUUCUACGAACAAAGAAAAACUCAAGUUAAAGGCAAAGGAGAUAUGAAUACCUAUCUCCUUAUCCGAGUCAUGGGGUCUUCUUAUCCUAACUUCGGAGAUGAUGAAAGAAAUCUCUCCGGGCCUCUUGGCAGCAAAGAUGGGGCGGGCCUCAACCCUUUUGUGCAGCCCUCAGCGUCACUGCCGGGGGAGCGGCUCUCGACGAUGUGGACUGGAGGCCCUGAAGCAUCUGGGGCUGGAGGUGCAUGCAUAGAUGCGGGGCUGCAUCGUAGUGUCUCCUUUUUAAAUGAGCGUCAGCACACACAGGAGACCCCGGGAUCGUGUGUGCAAUCGAUCCCAUCCACCCCACGCAUGGUUCCUGCAGUUGCUUCUUAUUCUUCUCUAUCGGGAUCGUUGUCUCCUGGUGGGGGAUCGUCUCCUCGAUCUCCUUCAUUACAUUCUUUUGAAAGGGUCUCUGCACCUAGAGGAAUGCGCAGCUUUUCAACGCUUUCUUCUGCUGUUGAUCAAGGAGGAAGUAGUAAUCAGAGUGUCUCCUUAUGUACAAAGCAGCUUACACGUGCAUAUGCAAGACAAGAGAGCGUCUCUCGUGUCUUAGCGUUUGCAAGGGAUGGGCUUCAAACAGCAGUUAGAGAAUCCGCAGAGAUAAAGAGACAGGAGAUCGUACGGCAAGUGCAUGCACAGCUGCUGUAUGAACAGCUGCAGCAUCAGGGGUCUGUUGCUUCUCUAUGGUCUUCUCAAGAUGAUGUAGCAGGCCCCACAGCGGGUCUCCAUUCUAACUGUCUCCAUCCAUCUGUCUCUUCUCUCCCUCAAUUUACCUUUGCACCGUCACACAAUGCAGACUUCAGAUCUACUUCAGCUCUUCCUCGCUCUGUCUCCAACGCAACACGUGUCUCUCCGAGGGCUCAUCCCCCUGCUAAACGAACAACCAGCGAACCCCACAAGAUUACAGAUAUCAGACAUACAAGAACUACGCUCACAGACCCUUCACUAACAACCCAAGCCUCAGGGGGUGGUAAAGGAGGGGGUGUAUGGCGUGUAGCAAACGAAUUUUUGUUACAAGUUGGGAACGAGGCUCAGGCGAAGCUCGCGGGCCUUUGGAAGGCCCUCGGCAGCAAUAGCAAAGAGGAAGAACAUGCAGCAGACGCCGGUGGAGAAGACGAAGACAACUUUGAGACACGAGAAGCGCGGAUAGGAGCGUCAAGAGAGAGUUUAUUAUUGAUGAAGUUUAAAGACAGAAAUCUGGAGGCCCGCUACCGCACGCAUUUUUAUAACAAUAAAUCAAAUAUAAAUACAAUAGAACAAGCAAUUAUAAUAUUUUUAGUUGCUUUUGCUGUACAGACGCUUGUUCGUCUGUGUCUACCCUGGAAUUACACCGAAGUUGUUGACGGUGUUAAGUACACUGUGGCUUCACGCCUAGAGAUUCGGUGGUUGGUGUUUAUGUUGAAUAUUUUAUUUAUAUCUGCUGCAUGCGUCUUUGCUUUAAGUAAUAGCUGGAGCACGGGGACAACUACAAGGCAGGCAGCAGGAGACUCCCCCUUAUCAUCUCCUGCUGCAGCAGCAGCAGCAGCAGCUGCUGCUGCUGCUGUUGCGCCUGUUAGUGCUAUGGCUGGGGGUGGGGCCCCUUCUUCUGUACUGUCUCCUGGAGUAGCUUGGCAGACAUCUACAUUAGGCAAUGAUAUGUUAGCAUAUAUAGGAGGAGGGGCAAGAGUGCGUAUGCCUCAGCAUGUACCUUUAGAUUCACCUGUCUCCUUUUUAGCUGCUAAGCCUGGAGCUACUACUUAUACUCAACAGCCUCCUGCUAGCUGCCCCUCUGGAGAAUGUACUUCUAUUAGCACACAACCACCACCUCCUUCUCCUACUGAUGAUGUCUCUUCGUUUAUAUGGAGACGAUUGUCAGAGGAGACAGCAGAAGGAGACGACGAAAAGGAGACAGAUAAGGAGGCAGAAGCAACGGAGACAGAUGGCAUACAUGCAUCUCCUCCUCCAGGAGAGACGGACACAGAUGGGACAACAGCAGCAGCUGCUGCUGUUGCUGCUGCUCCUCCUCCUACCCAAGCAGCAGAAGGCGUGACAAUUACAGUUGAAGUACCUGGUCAAAGAGGCGCAUCUUUCUGGCUUGUUGCAGACAGCGUUGAACUAUUCUUUUAUGUUGUUAUUCUUCAUCAUAACACCGGUCUCCUCUUCCAGAACUGCAUCUUAGUUGAUGUUCUUCUUCUUAGCACUUGCCUCACCUUCAUCCUCACUGGCGCUGUCUCCACCUCCAAUACAAUCGG